AAGGGAAUGGCGCACUGAGUGAGAAAUCAAACGAGUCAAGCCUUGCGCGGUUCGAUUCAGCUGAACGGUCGGUUCGAAUGACUCGAAUCGGUGGCCGCUGAGGCUGCGCUCGUGCUGCUUCUCUCCAGUGGCGGAUCUUAACGAGUGCGCGCGCGCGUCAGUAACGGACGCGCGUGAGACGACAGAGAAGCGGGCGAAUCGAAGAGCGAGUGGUGUUUUUUUUUUUCUUCUUUCAGUCGCCGCACGCACAACCAACUCACUUCGAGCAACAGUAGCGACCGCCGGUCAGCACGUAUCCCCUCUGCAACAAUGAUCAGGAAGCUGCUCUUGGUGCUCGGCUUGCUCGCCAGCGGCGGUGAAGGUGUUCUCCAGGUUUCCAUCUCUCUGAAGAAGGUAGAGCUGAGCGUCGGGGAGUCAAAGUUUUUCACAUGCACAGUGAUUGGAGAACCCGUCAGCCUGGAGUGGUAUAACCCCCAAGGCGAGCGCAUGCUGCCCUCCCCACGUGUCUCUCUGCACAAUGAGGGAGUGCGCUCCAGACUCACCCUCUACAAUGCCAACGUAGAGGACGCAGGCAUCUACCGCUGCCAAGCCACUGAUUCACAGGGACAGACACGGGAGGCCACAGUGGUGCUGGAGAUUUACCAAAAACUAACAUUCAGGGAUGCGCCGUCACCGCAGGAGUUUCGGCAGGGUGAAGUGGCUGAGGUGCUGUGUGAUGUCACCAGCUCCCCUGUGCCUGUGGUUGCAUGGUACUACAACAAUAUGGAGAUUACUGAGGACACUGACAAGUUUCAACUCCUACCAAAUAACAACCUACAAGUCCAGAGAGUGACUAAGGCAGAUGAGGGUGUGUACCGCUGUGAAGCUCGAGUGGAGGCCAGGGGUGAGAUUGACUUCAGAGAUAUCAACCUGGUUGUCAACGUUCCUCCGGUGUUGUCCGUGCCACAGCAAUCCUUCAACGCAACAGCUGACUACGGUGAAUCCGUGACAUUCACCUGCAGGGCUUAUGGCUCUCCUGAACCUGAUGUUACCUGGCACAGGAAGGGAGUUGAACUCCAGGAGUCAGAGCAGUAUGUAAUGCGAGCCCGCGGCACCACGCUUACUAUUCGCAACAUUAAGCAGGACGAUGGUGGCUCCUACACCUGCAAGGCCUCCAACAAGGCUGGUGAUGUACAGAGGGAGAUUUUUCUUAAAGUAUUUGUCCAACCACACAUCACUAAGCUAAGGAAUGUAACCGCUGUGGAGGGCAGUGCUGCUAUGAUUUCUUGUAAAGCUGAGGGUGAACCCCUGCCUGAGAUCUCCUGGAGAAGAGCAAGCGAUGGACAAAGCUUCUUGUAUGGACAAAAGAGUCCAGAUGAGCGUGUGGAGGUGCGUGGGCAUCAUGGUGAGUCCAUGCUGACCAUCGUGGGAGUGGGACUGUCAGACUGGGGCCGUUUUGACUGUGAAGCUCUCAGCAGAAUUGGAGGACAUCAGAAGAGCAUGUUCCUGGAUAUCGAGUAUGCACCCAAGUUCCAGACCAAUCACACCAUCUUUUUCUCAUGGGAGGGCAACCCGGUAAACAUCAGCUGUGAGGUGAUGUCCAACCCUGUGGCCACUAUGCUGUGGCGGCGGGACAAGCUAACAAUCCCUACCGAGGGCAUGGCCAACAUGCGAGUACAUAGCGCUCCAGGCAAAUCACUCCUGGAGGUCACUCCGAUGUCAGACCGGGAUUUUGGCCGAUACAACUGCACGGCUAGAAACAACAUUGGCAUGCGGUUCCAAGAGUUCAUCUUGGCUCAGGCAGAUGUACCAUCUAAUCCAUACUCGGUGCAUCUUAGCUCUGUGGCACAGCGCACAGCUACAGUGACAUUUAUGAAGCCAGACUCUCAUGGUGGAGUACCUAUAGGCCAUUACCUGGUCAAAUACAAAGACAUUAGUUCAAAUGACUGGAGGGAUGUCAAGUCGCAUGGAACACAAACAAUAGUGCUGCUAACUAACCUUGAGCCCAACACUACAUAUGAAGUCCGCGUGGCAGCUGUGAAUGGAAAAGGCCAAGGGGAGUUUAGUCGCACAGAGAGUUUUCAGACAUUGCCCAUCAGAGAGCCAAGCCCCCCAUCAGUGCAGGGUCAGAGGGGCAUGGGAAAGGCCUACAGAUUGGGCCUGGUCAAACAGGACGACGGUGGCAUGCCCAUCCUGGAGUAUAUCGUCAAAUACAAAACAGAUAAAGAGGACCAGUGGAUGACCAAGGUGGUUCCUGGUUUGAGUGAUUUUGUGCUGCUGCAGCCGCUACAGUGGAACAUGCGCUAUGAAGUGGAGAUCACAGCCCGCAAUGUCAAAGGCCUAUCUGAGCCCACAUUUGUGAAGUUCUCCAUGCCACAGAAACCAGAUAUAACAGCCCACCUACAACCAACUGGACAUGGAAAUCCCACACUUCACUCUGCCCAAUCAGUGGCACUCAUUGGAGCUACACUCUCAUUCACACUGCAUUUGUGUCUCUGUUGAUGUCAUUCCAUCUCCACCCUGCCACUGGGAACAGACUCAAAGACUGAGCCAGUGACUUCCCUCCAGUUUUUCCACAAAUGAGCCUAGCCUCUUGGGUAGAUUACUGAUUCUUAGCAAUGCCAGCUGAUUGCACCAGUGCACGUGAUGGCUCUCACCUGCAGCUCUAAAUGAUGCCUAAUGUUUCUUUUCUGUGUCUGCGCUUCACCAUUAUGGACCCUGCACUAUCCCAAAGGGUACACUAUUGCACUGAAACGGACCAUAUUGAGCACCACAUUUGUAAACUGAACAAACCAUAUUAAGCAUCAACUGUAAACACAGUGUUAAAUUUUUUUAUUAACUUUUUGGGCUUGUGUGUUAUUCAUGCACACGAAUAACAAUACAAAUGACAUACACCAGGGUUCAAUUUGUGAAUAUUUAGUUUGCUAAGAUUUAUCACUGUGUACAAAUAUUGGACAUUCUCUUAUUUGAGUGUACGUUUAAUUAUGCAAAUUUCAAAAUGCCGAUACCACAUGGUACACAUUAAAUAAUGUCAAAUAUCAUUUUCAGCAUAUCAGACAAUAAUGCAUUGACCCUUAAUAAAAUUUACUCAGAUCUGUCCUUUUAAAUAAUCACAAUACAUCUCAUUUUAAUUAUCACAAUAAACCACAACGGUACACCACAAUAAUGAUGUCCAAAUCAUGUUUUGAUGAACUGAAGCUACUGUACCUGUUGAUCACAUCAUUGAGCUAUUUUAAUGCGAGAACAAGACAAGUUAUCCAUAAUUCCUUACCCCAAUGAAAGUAUAACUAACUAUGCAUUUGUUUAUCUAGAUUUAUUUUGUGUGCUAAAUGAACAUAUUAAUUAUAAUUACUGAAAGUAUUGUGCUGUAAGUCAUAAACCUUAAUGUCUCAAAAAUGUUAGCGUCACCAUAAGUCUUGUGGGACACCAACUUAUGCAAUGAGUUGACAAAACACACAUCCACAGCUUAAACAGUAUCUGCAAAGAUUUCACAGGACUAAAGAUUAAACAGAAUUUAGAAAGAAAGCCUUUAAAAAUUACAGUUGCUUGGAAGGGGUCUGUGAAACGUUCCUGAACUGUAAAUAGCUUCACUGAUUGCUCAUUGAUUUUAAGCUUAAGUAACACUGAAAACAAAAUGGCAAACUAGCAACGUUUUUAUUCAAGUAACAUUGUAACAGCUUAAAAUGAUUCUCUGUACAGCUCAACCCAGAUUUUUUGGGAACAUCCUAACCUGGCAGAAAAUUGCAUUGCUUUAAUGAUACUGACAAAAGCCUUCCAGUCUGAAUGACACACAGUCCUGGAGUGAAAUUUCAGGAGUGAAAUGGCUUUUUGUUGACUGUUCCAACUGGAAUUGAUUCCAGCAAAUGAAAUGGGUCUGUUGUUUUAUUGUUAGCCAUUACAACUGAUCACGCUACUCAUAAAUAAGCUUUUCUUUUUCAGGAAAGGAAGUAAACUAAAUCAGUCCAACCAGGCUG